AUAGAUGGAGGUGCUGUAACUGAUACUAGUCUCACAGAUUCCUAUUUCAGCAGCAGCUUUAUUGGAGUCAAUGGAUUUGGAAGCCCAGUAGAAACAAAAUAUCCUUUGAUGCAGAGAAUGACUAAUAGUAGCAGCUCCCCAAGCCUUCUCAAUGACAGUGCCAAGCCAUACGCAGGCCAUGAUGCUCUAACUUCACCUGCUUCAUCCUUGUUUAAUGACUUUGGUGCCCUCAACAUCUCUCAGAGAAGAAAGCCAAGGAAGUAUCGCCUGGGCAUGCUGGAGGAGAGGCUAGUUCCGAUGGGAUCCAAGGCACGAAAAGCAAAGACCCCUAUUGGCUGCCUUGCCGACAGGUGUAAAUCAGGAGCCCCCAUGAAUAUGGUUUGGUGGAACAGAGUCACAGAAAACCACGUACAGACACCAAAUCCUACUGCAAGCGAGUUUAUUCCCAAAGGAGGACCAGCCUCCAGGCUGAGUAACGUGUCCCAGUCAAAUAUGUCUGCCUUCUCUCAAGUGUUCUCUCACCCGUCCGUGGGAAGCCCUGCCACUGCUGGAUUAGCACCAGGGAACAAGCUACCCUCUGAGUCAGCACUGGACUAGAAGAUGAAUUCUACAAUUCAUGAAACUGACUGAGGCGCCUAAAGGAUGGAUAGUUUGGGCAGUGUUGGACAGCUCUGUGAGGGGUAUGUCAUUGUCUGCUGGAUCUUCCCCUCUGCACUCCCCCAAGAUCACUCCACACACAUCCCCUGCUCUCAGAAGAAGGAGUCACACUCCAAACCCAGCCAGUUACAUGGUGCCUUCUAGUGCCUCCACACCUGUUAAUAAUCCGGUUUCCCAGACUCCAUCUUCUGGUCAGGUGAUCCAAAAGGAAACUGUAGGUGGGACGACCUACUUCUAUACGGACACAGCUCCAGCACCGGUGACUGGAAUGGUUUUUCCAAACUAUCAUAUUUAUCCUCCAACUGCACCUCACGUUGCUUAUAUGCAACCAAAAGCAAAUGCUCCUUCCUUCUUCAUGGCUGAUGAACUCCGACAGGAGCUGAUCAACAGACAUUUGAUAACCAUGGCGCAAAUUGAUCAAGCAGAUAUGCCAGCCGUCCCUACAGAAGUGGACAGCUACCAUAGCCUGUUCCCUCUCGAGCCACUGCCACCACCCAACAGGCUGCAGAAGUCCAGUAACUUCGGGUAUAUGACGUCUUGUUACAAAGCUGUAAAUAGUAAAGAUGAUCUUCCGUACUGCCUCCGGAGGGUCCAUGGUUUUCGUCUCGUUAACACAAAGUGCAUGGUGUUGGUUGAUAUGUGGAAAAAAAUUCAGCACUCGAACAUUGUAACCUUGCGAGAAGUAUUUACCACUAAAGCGUUUGCGGAACCUUCUCUUGUGUUCGCGUAUGAUUUCCAUGCUGGAGGAGAGACCAUGAUGAGCAGGCACUUCAAUGACCCCAACGCGGACGCCUAUUUCACAAAGAGGAAGUGGGGUCAGCAUGACGGACCACUGCCCCGACAGCAUGCUGGUUUAUUGCCAGAGUCUCUCAUCUGGGCCUAUAUCGUCCAGCUGAGUUCUGCCUUGCGUACCAUCCACACGGCGGGCUUGGCCUGUCGAGUUAUGGACCCAACGAAGAUUCUGAUAACUGGCAAGACAAGGUUGCGAGUAAAUUGUGUUGGAGUUUUUGAUGUUUUAACAUUUGAUAACAGUCAGAAUAAUAACCCAUUGGCAUUAAUGGCUCAAUACCAGCAAGCAGAUCUGAUAUCAUUAGGAAAAGUUGUGUUGGCUUUGGCUUGCAACUCUUUGGCAGGAAUUCAACGAGACAGUUUACAGAAAGCCAUGGAACUGGUGACAAUCAACUACUCCUCUGACCUGAAGAACCUGAUUUUGUAUUUGUUGACUGACCAGAACAGGAUGCGGAGCGUAAACGAUAUCAUGCCCAUGAUUGGCGCUCGCUUUUAUACCCAGCUGGAUGCUGCUCAAAUGAGAAAUGAUGUCAUCGAGGAAGACCUCGCAAAGGAAGUUCAAAAUGGAAGACUGUUUAGGCUUCUAGCAAAAUUGGGAACAAUCAAUGAGAGGCCGGAGUUUCAGAAGGACCCUACCUGGUCAGAGACGGGAGACCGUUACCUGUUGAAACUCUUUAGAGACCAUCUCUUCCAUCAAGUGACAGAAGCGGGUGCUCCCUGGAUCGACCUCAGUCAUAUCAUUUCUUGUCUUAACAAGCUAGAUGCUGGUGUGCCAGAGAAGAUCAGCCUCAUUUCCAGAGACGAGAAGAGUGUCCUCGUGGUGACUUACAGUGACUUAAAGCGCUGCUUUGAAAACACUUUUCAGGAACUAAUUGCAGCUGCAAAUGGCCAGUUGUAGUAUUUGCUCAAAACAACAGAAAGCAGGCACAUGGUGCGGUGCUGAGCAGCUGAGCCGAGAGCAGACUGCGCGACCGCGGCACUGUCCUCCUCUCACGGCACAUCCGGGAGACAGCAGAGGAUGAGCCAAGCUGCUCGCACGUCACUGGGCACACUGUGACGUGAAGGGAAGAGCGUGUCACU